AUGAAUGACAAGCACAAGUCAUGUCUACCCGAGCCAAACGAGCCAUUCAUGAGUUGGCACUCGUCCGGGUGGAAACCGAACUGUGAAGACAACCUCAUGGGAAAGACAAGAUACAACACUUGCCAUAGUCCGAAGGGGUCACCGUGCUUCGACCAUAAGGCACAGCGUCGGAGACUUCUCGCAGCUGGUGUGCUCCGAUUGCUUGCCACCGUAGCUGUCUGCGCGUUGCUAGGUAUAACUAUCCUCCUGUUCGAGAAGCUGAAGCGAGGCAUCACCACUAGCGAACGCCGGGGUUUCAAUACCGUCAUUAUCGGGCUCUCUCUCAUACUCAGUCUGAACCUUUUCUACUCUCUUGAGGGUUGUGCGCAAACGAUCCGCUGGCAAUUGGUCGCUUCCGAAUACCACAGUUUGAAGCAGUUCGAUCUUGUCUUCAACUUCGACAGGAAAUGGAAUGCCUUUCGCCUGCUUUGGAGUGCCCGGACACCAGGAAGCCACAUGCCGAACAAGACACAGCUACUGGCUCUGCUGUAUCUGCUGGUUUCGUUGGGACUGCUGGCGGAUACCGCCGUUCUGGGAUUAACCUACUCCAUGGAGGUGUCAGCACGCUACAAGCUUAGCAGGCCUGGAACCGUAUCAGUCGCCAAGUUGGACUCCAUCAGCCCAUUACAAAAUUCGCGGACGGCACAUUUCCAACAGGCGCAAAACUAUGGUUUGAUUAGUCAAGGGUUUAUACCUGUCGUGUCCAGUGUCGGAGAGAACCAGACUCGGAACGCCGGGCUGCUAAUCAUUCAACACACCGAAGCGGCCGAUCUAUUCUGGUACCAAUUCAUGGACUUUUCAGCAGACAAUCUGAAUUACUUCGCGCCUUCGAGCCGGUAUGUAACCAGCAACGCCACAUGUCGAGAGGUGGCAGUCGUCAGUGGCGGGCAUGGGGGAUACAACCUGACCACAGGCGAGCCAAUUGGAGAAAGUUCAGUCCGCAUCCGUGACGGCGACGACGCCGUACAAGACAUCUAUAUUGGAGAUUUUCAGGCUCCUGGUGCCACGACCUGGCUAGGAAGCAUCAAUCCAGGCUCUGGAACAUGCGGGCCUCGUUGUGCGCACGUCUGGGCGCUUCAAAGCGCGUAUCCUUCGCCAGGUCGGGAGGAGCCCCGAUUCUGGAAAUGCACCAACACGGUUUCCGAUAUCUUGAACACGAACCGAGACGUCAAUGCAUCGGCAUUUGAGAUGCCCCAGAGCAUGGCCCAAAUAAUGGCAGGCGCCAUCGGCUUCAGCGGCGUGGAAAGACAAGACGAUCCAUUCCAGCGGGUGUUGUAUGCGUACGGAAAUGCAUUUGCCCCAUCCAACGAUGAGGCAAUCAUGAACGUGUUUGACAUGGAAGCCACAAUCAUGUGGUUCACGACUGGAGCCUUUGCCGCCAUGGACAGCUUCGGACCUCGAGUCAAAGUCACGAACCAGCGCCAGCCGAUGCCUGCACAAGUUCUCAGCGUUAACUGGGGGUACACUAUUGCGGUUUUGGCCAUCCCGCCGCUGGCUCAAGCCCUGGUGCUCGUAGCGACGAUCAUAUAUGGCGACAAAACUGUAGUCAGAGAUGGAGGAGCUGUCGCGACAGCGCGGUUGCUCGAGCCUCUCACGCAAAGACUGGGUCACGAAGGAGGAGAAGCUGCUGCAACAACGGACGUCAUAGAAGAGGGUCUCGGACAAUACAAGAUAAAGUACCAACCGGUUUGUAAUCUAGGAGGUGGCAUAGAGAGUCCAUUGGAGGCGCGAAUGUAG